AUGCCUGAUACCGCCUUGUGCGAGCUCACGAUAGCGGCCACCGAGUAUAAAGCGAAGCAACAAGUAUCAAUUUGUCGCUGUCACUCGGCGGCAGCGGGAGGGUUGACUCUGCUUAGUGUAUCAACUAUUUCGGCUCUUGCUAAUGUAGAUCCUGUAAUUGAUUGCCAUCGGGAGGCGAGCUUGUGUUAUGGAGUAGACUUGGAAUCUGAUUUUAACUAG